AAUACUGUCUUAAAGUAUACGACCUUCGUUUGUGAUGCUUCUUGCAGCUCGAAUAGUGAACUCAGUUUAAUUAUUCGCUCAUUUAAGUAAAACGCUCAUUUUGUUUAUGAAGAGAAAAACUAGCGACGUUUUGAAGAAGAUAUCUAAAGAUCGUGAUAGAGACAAGAAUAUGGCGAUAAUGCUCCUGAUUCUCCUGGUUUUCGAACCAGUUGCUGGAACUCUUGAUUGUCGGGAAAGAAACGACUUGAAGGGUAAAGCAUACAGGGGGAAAAUCUCUGUUACCAAAUUUGGGAAUAUUUGUCUAAGAUGGGACUCUCAGCAUCCUAUUCAGCAUACCAGUAUCACUCCCGAAAAAAGCCCGACCGCAGAUCUCGAGGAGAACUAUUGCCGGAAUGCUGAUCAAGAACCAGGUCCCUGGUGUUACAAUAGUGCUGGAACGUCAAGAUUUGAAUUAUGUGAUGUUCCCAUAUGUCCAGUUAAAGUUGUAGUAACGAGAAUAUUCACAGAAUGGGUACCGGUGCCGGUGGACAUAGAUCCGUACAUAGAUCACGACCUGGAGAGGACGCCUCUGAAAAUAAAGACGGAUAGUGAGACAGGGAGUGAAGAAUUGAUCAGAAUCUUCUUUUACAGUGAACAACGGAAAAAUGCAGGUCGUAUCGACAUCCGAGAUCAGCAGUAUCGACUGGGUCGAUGCAUGGCAGACUUUCAUAGUCUAGAUACUGUACCAAGUGGUAAUGAGAAGAAAUGGGAGAUCACCAAGGUGACCAUCGCAUCAGACGUAAGGAUGACAAUCCAAUGCAACGGAGAAAUAGUCAAAGAAUUUCAGAUGUCAUCUUGUGACUAUGGAACAUGGCGCCAGUUUUGGCUUCAAGAAGUGAAACUUAUACGGUUUGGUCUCAGCGACACCGCUUCAGAUUAUAUCUACUAUUCACCAGCGGAAUGUACAGGCCUCAAAACGAACUGGUACAACAUGAAGACAGAUACUCAGUUUCCUAUCCUGGCGAAGACAGCCUUCGUUCUGAGCUGCAAUAAAGGAUAUGAACUGACAGGAGAUAGGAUAGUGACUUGCACUAAAGACACAGAGUUCGCAUACUCUACCGAACCUAAGUGUGAAGACAAGGAGGUGGAUGUUACAGUUAACGGCGAGAAGAUGUCUAGACAAUACCUCGGUUGCUGGAGAGAUUCAGGAACCAGAGCUAUACAGCCGAUUGAAAAGAAACAUGAUCUACUCAGAGACAAUUACGUUUCUCGAACUGAUGCAGUCAACAAGUGUCUUAAGGCAACGUUGGCCUUCGGAUACACAGUGUUUGCAGUGCAGAACGGAGGGUGGUGUGCAAGUGCUGAGGACGCUGAGGACACUUACAAAAAGUACGGACGGUCCGGUGGUUGUGGACCUGAUGGGGAAGGCGGAGGCUGGGCCAACGACGUGUACAAGAUCAAGCAGCCGGUUUGUAUUGAAUUCACAGUGGACCACGGCCAAGUUUCGCCCAGAGGACCGGUAAAAGAGAACACAGUCGUCAGAGUCACGUGUUCGAACCUCUACGUUCUGACUGGUGUAUACGAGGUCACGUGUCAGCCUGGUGGGGUGUGGUCAGCACAGCCGGAAUGUACAGAAUGCGGUAUGAAUGUUUUUUGAAUUAUAUAGUAGUUCUAUACGACAUAAUAUGGAAUACAGCAUUUUUAUCCCGCUCAUAUCAACAACAAAAACAAACAAUCAGUAAAAUAUGUUAGACCAAAUGACGGACCCGGGACCAGCACAAUUACAAACUAGGACUGAUGGUAAAUCAAGGGAAAGCAUGAGGCUAAGCUCUCCUUUUUGAUUUACACAUUCAAUUAACAGAAUAACCUGGUAAUUUAGCAAGAAUUUUAAAGCAAAGCUAUAUUGAUUAUUGGAUAGCCUGUUAUUGGUAAGUGAAAUUAAUGUUUAACUAUUACAAUUAACGUUGUUAGCUUUGAUCCUUUUCUACAGUUCACUCAACGAUUUAAAUGUAUCAUUAAGCAGCCAAUUUUUGGGAGUCAUGGUAAAUUGUUAUGUUGGGUCUGAUAAUCACUAUAAUUAUUAUUAUUUAUCGUUUUGAAACAUUGACACAGUUCCCCCCAGAUCUCCAUCCGGAUGUUCCUGGGCCUAUGUUGCAGGCUUUUUCACUGUGGUGUAUUCAUUUCAAUUAACGUUCCUUGUUUUGGUCUUCCAGAUUCCUCAUGUAUUAUAGAGCAGUCAAUAUGUUGGUUUUUAUGUGAGUCAUUCAUCGUUAACUGUUAUUUUGAAUUUUGAUAAUGAUUAUUUAUUAUUGUAACAGGAUAUUAACGCAGUCCCCCACAGGUCUAAUCAUGAACCUAUGUAGCGAACUUGCUCAGCAACUAAACCAAACCACAAACCCACAAGUCUCAACGCUCCAGGGACUCCACAGAGGCAUACAGAUUUAAAUUUAACAUAAUUGUAACAUCAGAUUUAACUCGAAGUUUCUGACGAUUUUAUGAAAACGAGUUAUAGUGGGUAGCAUUUUAUUCAUCACUAGAUGAUUGGGACGAAGAUACUGUUUAAUGUUUAUAUAACAAGAUAAAAAGAAUUUUUAAGAUUUACUAAAUAUUG